CAUGGAUAACCUCUUCAAAUAUUUUGUCUUUUCUCCUCUUGCGCUUAAGCUUAAGCUUAAUCUCCCUUCGCUUUCUUCACAGCUCCCGGAAAAAUGUCUCACGUCCUGCCGGAGUUAUUCACUGAAAUUCUUCCCACUCUGCCGGUGAAGUCUCUCUUGCGAUUCAGAUGCCUUUCCAAAUCAUUCUGUGCCCAGAUUGACAGUCCCGGUUUCGUCAGGAUGCGCCUUAAAAUGUCCAAGGACACCAACAUCGGCCGCAAGUUAAUCCUCCCCCACCUCUGUGGAGAUGAUGGUCCGAUCGACUUCUACGCGGCGGAUUUCGAGGAAGGACUCAAAGAAGUCGUCAGACUCGACAACCCAUUGAGACCACCAACUCAGUACGCCGGUGUCUGCGGUUCUUGUGAUGGUUUACUUCUAUUGGGCACAGUCAAUCCAAGAAGCAGCGAGGAAUAUGUUGUUUGGAAUCCGACCACUCGACGGAAUCGAAAAUUACCGCUCUCUCCCCUUACAAACCUUCCCUGUCAUAAAUUCUUAUGUGACGGUCUGGGUUAUGAUUCUACCAUAGACGAUUACAAGGUGGUGGUGAUGUCGCUGGUUCCGACGAAAUACAGUGAGUGUUUUCAAGUUUGGGUUUUUAGUUUGAAAUCAAAUUGUUGGAGUUGGAGAAGGAUUCAUGACCUUCCUACAUAUGUUGAAUCCAUUGAGUGUUGGGGUGGGGGUUGUUUUGCAAACGGUGCUUUGUAUUGGGUAUUUCGCGUGGAUGGUGAUUUUGAGAUUUUUGGAUUUGAUCUUGCAAAUGAAAUGUUGUUUAGGUUGCCGGAUUAUUGCUUGUCUGAUGAUGGCAGCGUGGAGCGCUUUUCAUGUUAUCAGCUGAAGGAGUUAGGUGGGUUUGUUCAUACAGAUAAUAUGGAUAAAUUUCCAGACACUCAGGACUUCUUUCUAUUCAAUCGUGAUGACAUUGGAACUGGAGGUAAUUGGAGGAGAGCUUUCACGUUUCAGCAACUAUGGGGUUGGCAGAAUACAUUGUCUGUGCCGCUGGCAUAUUCAAAGGAGGGAGAUUGUGUUCUUAUUUGUACACACAAUGAGGUCUUUUGGUAUAACAUUGAAAAGAAAACCAGAGUGAUGGUGCAGCUGAGGGGGAUGCCUCCACUUGGGAGUGGUUACAGGGCGAGCUAUGUUUGUUGGGAAAGUCUUGUUUCUCCUGGUAAUGAUACUACAUUUCAGUUGGGAGGUUUGGAAUUGGAAAGUAGAAGGACCACGGUACAGGUUGAGAGGUUUGGAAUUGUUGAGAAAGCCUUCCUUAUCUCGGUAGUGAUGGUCUUGUUUCUCUCAGUUGUAAUAGUACAUUACAGGCUUGAUGGGUAGAUGUUGAUGAAUUUGCAAGAAAACUUCUUUUUGGUGCUUCAAGUUUGCAGAACCCUUUUGCUGCUGUCAAAUUACACAAGCACUGAAGUAGGUAAGUUACUAGUUUGAAGGAUGACAAUGAAAUUCCAUAUAAAUCCCAGUGUCUUGGUUUAGUAGUAUUUGCCCUUGUAAAUCCUAGUCUAUGGCUUUUGGGUGGGAUUUUUGUAGACUGCAGCAGGAAAUCUUGAGUCUGUAUUUAUAAGAGAUCCUUCUUCUAAAUGCAGGUAAUGGUAUAUUGAUAUAAAAUGCUCAACUUGGU